AUGGUGGUGUUGCAGCGAGCGUCUGAUUCUGCAGUUACGGACCAUGGUCAUAUCUGCAAUUGCACACUUUCAGAUGCCACAAGUUUCAGGUACUGCCACGGCACCUGUGCAUCAUACUUCAUCCCACGACUAAACAGCAAAAAACUGAAAGCCGUUUUCAAGUCGUGUGCAGCAUGCGUGCCUCGUGACUAUGACGCCGUCAAUGUCACAUUAGACUGUCCCGGACAAGAUCCGCCACAAAUCACCAAAUCCAUCGUCAAGAUCAAAAAAUGUGAAUGCAUCGAUCUGGACCUGUCGACGCAUCUUCGCUUAUAG